UUAUUUGUCGUCUUACUAAUUUUUAGUCUAUAGACAUAUUUAUCUGAGUAAAAUUAAGUAAAAGUUGUGAAAAUACUAUAACUAUAUUAAAAUGAAUAAUGUACCUAGUGUAGUAGUUGUUAGUUGCAGUAGCACGAAACCUAAAUCACUUAUCAAAUUAAUAACCAAAGGUAACACAACUGAGAAUCCUGAAAAUAAAAAUUUAAUUUUACAACCCUGGUUAAUCGACACAAAAUAUUACACUGCAGAAGUACAAAUUGUUGGAUUGGAAAAAGAUUAUAUUAGAACGGAAGAAUUUAACAAAAAUGUGGAGGCUUUGAUUAUUCACAUGGAUUCAAAUAAAUCAUCAGGACUUGAUGACAUAAUUAAGUGGGAGAGUUUGGAAAAAGACUGCAAUUUAGAAGUAAAGUUAUUAGUAUCAAAUUACUGUACUGAAGAUACAAAAGUAACAAAAAGUAAAGCUGCUGAAUGGUGCUUAAAGAGGGGUUUUGAAUUUGUAGAACUAUAUCCCACAAUAAACAGUCACGAGCAAGAAGAGGAAAUUAUAAAAGAAAAAUUUGGAGUAGACCGAAUUAUUGAAGCUUUACAUACACAUACCUGGUCAAAUUUGGUGAUGAAAAAUAAAAAUAGAAGCAGAGAUUGUCCUAUCAAAUUAAGCAAUAAAACGGAACAAAGUAGCAGUAAUAUUGGAGUAAAUGUUGAUAAUUUUCUAACAUCCGAUGCUGCAGAUGAUUUUACGGAAUUAUUUUCUCAACUACAUAUGAUGAAGGAAAGUCUUCAAAGCAUGCCUCUGAGCCAAAGAACUCAAUGUGCUGAGCAAAUGGUUACUGCAUUUUGGAAAGCAAUUGGAGGAGAAGAGGAAGAAAUUCUUGAUUUAUGAAUUAAAAUAUGUAACUUAAAUUAAUUCAAUGGUUGCGUUCAAAAGACAGUUAUUAUUGUUAUAGCAGUUACAUUCCGAUGACAUUUAUUUGGAGUGAUUUCUCUGGUGCAAGAACAGAAAAGUAAUGUUCGUAACAUAUGUAAAUAUAUGAAAAGUAAAUGAUGUAACUUCAACUUCAAAAAAUGAAGCACACAUGUUUUAGCUGUUAAUAGAAUUGUAUAAUUUUUAUACUUUGUAGUUCUGAACAGUAAAAGUGAAGAAAUAUUUUCAGUAGUGUUGUCAUAAAAGAUAUAAAUCACAAUAAUAGUAAAGUUGUACUUAAGUAAUGUUGGUAUAAAACAAUCCUUUAUUUUGCAAAUGGUAAUUGAUUAGUGGGAUUGCACAUAUAAAUAAAAAUAAAUUUACAUUGCUGUCCACUAUUUAAAAAUAAAUGCACUAUUUGUAAUAAUUGACGGUUAAUUAGAAAAAAGAAAAUGGAGCAGUAUUGCGAGCCACAAAACACUGAUCAAAAAGGAAGAGGUCUUCACUUUUAUAUCCUUCUGCAUUUGUAGGAUCUUAAUUCUUCCAUUUUACUGACCCAAGUUGAUUUGUCUUGAAUGUUCGCAGCCAGUGACAGUGUGAUUUUAAUGUUUUCUUAAUUUAAUGUAUAGAGAUAAUGUAAUAUCUAAAUUUAAGUAUCAUUUUGUUUGUGUUUUUUAGAAAGAUGUACCUAUAAGCUUAUAUUUUUUGUACUGUGAGCUUAUGGAAAAAUAUUACCUAACAUCCUUAAAAUAUUUUUUACGAUUAAAGUGUGUUGGUUUCACA